UAUUCUGGAGCAGGUGGAAUAGACAGAGAAAUAGCGCAGCAAGCCCUGGCAGAAUGUCAGAGGGGCAAAGCAAGAGGCGAGUUGGCAUUGUGGGAUAUGGACAUUUAGGUCAAUACCUUGUGCGACGACUCCAGGAUAAUGGCCUUCAACAUGGCUUGGAGCUGGCCUUUGUUUGGAACCGGGAUGCCAACAAAUUGAAGGGGACGGUGCCAGUGGAGUUACAGUUGGGGAAGCUGACCGAUUUCCUGGAGCGCCGUGUUGACAUCAUUAUUGAAGUGGCUCAUCCCUGCAUUGCUCAGGCCCAUGGGGAGUCUUUUCUCAAAGCUGCAGAUUUCAUGGUGGGGUCACCAACGGCCUUGGCGGAUUUAGAGACAGAGUUGAAAUUGCGCGAAGCAGCAAGGCAAUCUGGGCACACUCUGUAUAUUCCCAGCGGAGCUCUAUGGGGUGGGCAAGACAUCCAGAGGAUGGAUGAUGGAGGGAUGCUUCAGGCAUUGACAGUCACCAUGGUGAAACACCCCAACAGCUUUCGUCUGGGCGGGCACCUAGGAGAGCUUGCACAGGGCGCCCAGCAGAAGCGCACAGUGUUGUACGAUGGCCCUGUACGAAGACUGUGUCCCCUAGCCCCAAACAAUGUCAACACCAUGGCAGCAGCCUGUAUGGCUGCCCCCAGUCUGGGCUUUGACGGGGUGAAAGGGUGCCUCAUAGCUGACCCCGACCUUCCUGACUACCAUGUGGUGGAGACAGAGGCAACUGGACCAGGUGGCUUCUCUGUCCGCACCAGGCGCAAGAACCCAGCUGCCUGCGGGGCAGUCACAGGGGCAGCCACCUUUACUGCUUUCUGGAGCAGCCUGUUGGUAUGCCAAGGCCAUGGAGGGCGAGUCUAUCUCUGCUGAGUCUUGGUGUAUCCAUCUCAAGAAACUACGCAGAAGAUGCCUGUUGGUGCCGGAGAUACAGUUAUGUAGGGAUGGGGGAAAAGGAGGGAAGGAGAUUCCACCCCCCCCCCAUUUCUUGCUAUCAGCUUUUGGUCUAUCAGUUCUAGAAGAACUGAUAGGUACCCCUCCCAUCUGUAUCCUUAAAAGAUUGCUCCCCAUUUCCCCACCUCGGUUCUCAUUGCAUCUAGCCAGCUAAUUUCUUUCCCAACACCCAACCAUGUAAAUUGUUGGAAAUAGCAAUGUCUGGUGUACUGCAGCAGCAAGAAGGAAGAGGUGCCUUCUAUGCAGGGGGCAGCAAGGAUCACUUAAGUUAGGACAGUGAGAGCAGCACCUCUCUUGUUUCCUGGGGUCAUUUCCUUGUCUUGUCUCCUAUUGGGCUAAACAGGGCAAUAUCCUGCUUCUUCUCUCUCCUGCCUUAUUCACUCUCUCUGCAAGAUGUAGUCAGAUAGCAAGAACCCUAUCUCUGUCUCUCCUCUUCACUAUCAAGUAUGUAUUUCCUCAAAUAAACUUUUUGCCUCUUUAAUCA